AUGCCGUCACUGGCGUGCCCAUCCGCGAGCGUUCGGCUUCCCGGAGCGUCCGCUCACGGACGCCUCGGCGCUGCCGCCCGAAAAGGAAAAUCGGAGGCGACGCGCGGGCGAAGAUUCAACAACGCACCCUGUCGUGUCGGCCGUUCCGUUGUCGUCAAAGCCUCCGCAUCGUCUGAACCCAACGCCGUCGCUCCUGAUGAGGAUACCGACGUCAACUACAAGCUGUUCGCUAUGGGUUUCUGCGACAGCGGCGACGGCGGCUCCUGGAUGGGAGCCGUUCCCGACUCCAGCGACGAACCGCCCGGAGGGAAUCGCAUCCGCGUCGGCUUGCGCGACUCCCCCUCGCUCGGCAGCAAGAUCGCCGCGGCGUUCGCGCUCGGCAUCGCUGGGCAACUCGCGGGACCUUACUCAGCGCGCGCCGCGCCGAGCAAGGCGGCUGCCGCCGCAACGGCCACCGCGCACAAACCGAGCCCCAAUCUCUUCCAACUGCCCGAGGGCGCCCGCAAGUCGCUGGACGAUUUCGUCAUCGAUCGCGCCAAGGACGUGCGUGGCGUCAUGAACGCCAUCGACGACAACGUCAACGACCCUUGGGACAUCGAGGAUGUCUGGCUAAUUAUCGCCUGGCACUUCGCCAUCGUGAAGGGUCGGCGUAAGGUUUACGACUACCUGAAAGAGCGCGACCCCGAGAACACGGUUGAGUGGGAGAGAUCAUUUUGGAACUGGCUCGGCGGCCCCAUGAAGGUCAUAGGCGGCCUCUGGAUAGGGAUGUACCUCUGGGACAACGGAUGCAGAGUCGGCGAGCUGCUCGAGAUGAGUGCAUUUCUACCCACCACCAUCAUGGAGCAAUUCGACCGCGGCAUGUACACGCUCGCGGGCGGCAUCAUCGCCACGAUGGCCACCGAUAACUACCUUCCCGAAAUUCUCACCGACAGGCUCGGCAUCAAGGACUCGAGCACCAAGCUCGUCCUCACCAGGCUCGCCGUCGUGACCGGCGCGCUGUGUACCGCGAUAAGCAGCGCGUUGGUCUUUGGGCUGCCCCCCAAGUCCCUCCUCGGGUUCGGAGGCAUCGGAGGUUUAACCUUCGGUUUGGCGGCGAAGGAUCUGGUGAGCAACUUCAUCGGCGGCUCCAUGCUCGCCAUCAUGCGACCGUUCUCCCCCGGCGAGAAGAUCUACCUCAUGGCCGUGGGCGGCAGGUUCAGGGGCACGAACGAGCCCAGCGUCGGCGGCUACCUCGUGAAAGAGAUCGGCUGGUACCAGACCACCUUGAUCCCGAAGGACACGAGGCCGACGACGGUGCCAAACGGCUUCUUCCUCGGCGCCAACGUCAUCAACAUCUCGAGGCAGACGGCUCGCAUCAUCGUCGCCAACAUCCGCGUCAGGCUCGACGACGCGCCGAUGAUCCCGAAGAUGACCGAAGAGAUCACCGCGUACCUCGCAAACCACCCCAGCAUCAUCAACCCCCCGCAGAGGCCCAUUCGCGUGCACUGCCGCGACAUCAAGGACGAUCACCUGGCGAUUCGCGUCGAGACGCACUGCAGCGUGGUGAAGAAGGAUCCGUUCCUCCAGGUGCAGCAGGAGCUCCUGCUGGGGAUGUUCGACAUCUGCAAGAGAAACAGCACCGGGCCGGCGUGGACCGUGCUCAACACCGUCGGCGAGGACAACCGCCCUUGGCUCCCCGAGGGCAAGUCCGCCAGGUGA